GAGAAAAAUAAAGACCAUUUCUAGAUAAAAAUACAUACACUUAUGUAUAAUCAGGCGGGUUCGGGUUGAAUCGUGAGAAAAUCAUGCCCACCAAUUAUACUCAACACUCGUAUUCAGGUUUUGCCCCAUAUCCACAAAAAAUGCUUCGGGUUUAAGUUUUACCCUACCCGAUUAUAUCAGAUUCGGAUGGAUAUCCACGAAUAGGAAUAGUCAUUCAUAAAGUUAGCAUGAUACUAAUUAGGAAUCACAAUAGUACAAUCAUAGUUGUAGUGAAUAUAUUUGCGAUUUGCCAUCAUUUUUUAUACAAUUGUUGCAUUACACUUUCGACACAUAAUACUACAACCUAUUUUUGUUAAUAUAAACCGUAGCACUACUGCAGCCUGCAGCAUCUCUAAGCAUGGCCGUCUCAUCUAAUUAAAAGUUAAAAUUCGUAGGAUUAAUGUAUUUAUUUAGCUAUAUCUAUAUAUUAUACUAAACCACCAAAAUAUGUGUUGUCUGACUCUGAUCGUACCGCGUCUCAAAAUACGGAUCCGCUGACCCUAACCCUAACCCUAACCCCAUUCCCAUUUCUUUCCCUCUCUCGUUUGUUCCUCACGUUCUCUUCUCUUCUAUUCAUCAUUCUCCUUCUACAUGCAUUAUCGCCCGUCAAUCGUAAUACUCUGGUUACUUUACUGGUGUGAUUAUAAAUUAUAUAAAUCAAACUAACCAAGCAAGAGGGGAGUUAAUGGGUUAAUUUGUAGGAUCGUGUGGAGCAUAUAUGCCCACAUUGAGGGUGUUUUUGAUAGAUUGAGAAGUGGAUAUGGGUGAGGUUGACGGUGAUUUAACACCAACUUGUCAUUUUUAACCAUCGACUUAUGGUAGCCAGAUGGAUGGAAUGGACUAAACCAAGAAAGCUGAUUGUUUAAGAAUCACAAUAGAAAAAGAGUUACUUCCGUGCAAGAAUUAGGAUAUAUAGCCAUUUGGGAGAUUUAUCCACCGAAAAAUAAAGUUUUCUAACAUGGCGAAUCCCACGUUCACAAAGCACGUGAGAUAUUCAUGAUUUAUUAGUAAGAAACCGACCUUAACUGACAAUACGUGUUUUGGGGUGGAAUGGAGAGCUCUGAACUCAAACGUGCUCAAUACAGAGCACGACAAAUAUUGAUAACCAUAUGAGAAGUCACCUUAAUAUACAUCUCAAGACAAUUCGUGAGGGUCUGGGUCCAAAACGGACAGGAAUAAUGAUAUGAUUAAAGUUUAUUACAAAUUAACCUUGUUGGUAAAUGAAAAAACUACCGUGCAGUCGGUGCAGAUAGCUAGCAGAAACGGUAGUUGACAUUAUAUAGGCAACCAAAUUUAGAAACAAGAGCUUCAAAACUAUGGGCUCUGAAUUCAGUUGGAAAGGGAAAAGAAAGGAAGAAGAAUUCAAGAAUUGACUGGGCAACAACAUCUGGAACCAAAAAGCAGUUCUACUUUUCUGGUCUGAAUUCAAUUUUUUUUUUUCAGGGAAGAAGAAGUCAAGCCAAGGGUCCUAACCUAACUAACACAUGGUAUAUCCAAUUCUCAUAAUCGUCCAUUUUCCUCAUCAUUUUUUACUUAUUGAAGAUUUGUCACCAGUAGGACUGCAAACAAGUUGUUUACGAAUUAUUCGACAAUUGGGUGAGAGAAAAUUCGCUAGGAAUUCGAGUUGUUUAAUAAACAAGUUGAUCAGUUUCAGGUAAGUCUUGUUUAGUCCGUGAAUCUCGCGAGUUUGCUCGACUUGGUGACUUGUUGAACACGAAUUUUGAGGUGGCUCGUUUUGAGCUCAUCAUAUAGUGUUUAGUAAGUCAACUCGACUAUCGACUUAUAAGGGAAUUGAUCUGUAUCUGAUGUAUUGGUUUGUUGAUACCUCAUAGGUUUGUAAAAUUAUACAUCUAACCCCCUUAUGAUGCUUAAGAUUCUGAGCAUCCCUUAUGAUGCUUAAGAUUUUGAGCAUGUGAGCAAAUAUGUCUCGAUUAUAAUUUAAAAGAGGAAUUAUGUUUCAUAGAUUAGGUAUAUACGAAUUACUAUGAAAUAAGAUAAUAUGAAAUAGUUGACAUUUAUGAACUAAAUAAUAUAAUACAAAUAUAGAGAAAUUUUAAUUUACAAUGCUAUAUAGUAUUGGUGCUAUAGGGUUUUGCCUUUAUGGUACAACUUAAAAUUGUAUAUUUACGUUAUGGUACAACUUCGAAUUGUACCUAUACUUUUUGUACAAAUUCUUUUAUGGUACAACUUGAACUUGUACCUUUAUGUGACGGUACAACUUUAAGUUGUAAAGUUGUACCAUAACAUAAUGGUACAAAUUACUUUAUGGUACAACCUAAACUUAUACAUUUAAUGUUAUGGUACAACUUUAAGUUGUACAUUAAAAUAUCAAUACUAUAUAGCAUAGUAGAAGUGCUCGACAAAUAUAAACAUAGAAUGAGUUAAUGAUGAAAAAUUGACUAUAUUAUUGUAUUAGAAUUAUAAUUAUUUUAGAAAUUAGUUUAAAAGUUCAGCUAUAUUAUAAUUUACAAGUAUCAUACAUAAUAUACAAAUAUCGAUUGAUUAACCGAAACAUAUUUGGUGCAUUGCACUCACAACUCGGAUGAAUCUGUAAAUUUUUCAAAUGGUUUCCAAACACACUGUUAACUACUCAUAACAAUUUUCUUAAAAAAAAACUACUCAUAAGUCAUAACAAUAACAAAUAUUUUGCAUGCACAUGAAAUUCAAUACAUGAUAAGAGAACAUAGUUCAUCAACAUUUACCCCCGGUCGUUUUCAAGUGACCGAUUUCAACUGCUGGUAUAUAUUUGCAGAGGAAUCUCAUUUCACACUUCGAAUUUAGAAAAAAACUCUAAAAUAUGAUGGGAUAAAAUUUGAUCAAGCGGGCAGAAAAUGGUGAAAAAUGAAGAAGUGGAUAGCAGUUGGCAGAUAAGAGUUUUUUCCUUUCUUGUUCAGCAAUACAAGGAAUAGUCAUAAAUAGAAGCCAAAAGAAAAGAAGGCGGGUAAAAAUGGGUUAUGGCGCCAUGAAUGAAUUGACUAAUAUCCCCGUAACAGUCCCAAUCCCCAAAACACGUAUUUGCUUCUGUAAUGUAAAAUCCCCCUUUCCUCUUUCCUUUCCGUGCUGCCUCAAUGUCAACGGUCUAAUUAAUACUACCAAUACCACCCCUUCUCUCUCUCUUCCUCUUUCCUUUAUAUAAAGCCAGAGUUGCAGAGCUAGGCCCCCUCCAUUCAUAACUUGCUCCCAAAGCUAGCAAAACCCCCAUUGAUAACCAGAAGAAGAAGAUCAGCUGAAGAACCAGAGGAAGAAGAUUAAGAAGAAACGAAGGAGAAAGGAAAUGAAGCUGAUAUGGUCCCCUGAAUUGGCUACAAAAGCCUACCUCGAUACUGUUAAAGCAUGUGGGAUUAGUCAGGAAUCCGGCGUAGCAGAGCUGGUUUCAGCUAUGGCGGCGGGCUGGAACGCGAAAUUCAUCGUGGAGACGUGGUCCCACGGCGGGCCUGUGGCGACCAGCAUCGGGCUCGCGGUCGCCAGCCGCCACUCCGGCGGCCGCCACGUGUGCGUGGUCCCCGACGAGGAUUCCAGAUCGGAGUAUAUGCGAGCCCUGCGUCAGGCGGCGGCGGCUGGCGGUGGGAAUUCGAUUGAUGUUCCGGCGGGCGAUCAGGUCGUGGUCGGGGAGCCGGAGGAGGUGAUGCGUGGGCUGGCCGGGAUCGAUUUCCUGGUGGUGGAUUCGCGGCGGAAGGACUUCGCUAGGGUUUUGAGGGCGGCGAGGCUCAGCGGCAGGGGAGCGGUGCUGGUUUGCAAGAACGCUGGCUCGAAGCAGUCGGCGAGCUUUCGGUGGCGGAGCGUGAUGGACGGCGGGUCGACCCGGCGGUUGGUCCGGUCGGUUUAUCUGCCGGUUGGGAGGGGGCUGGAUAUUGCACACGUGGCGACCAGCGGGGCGGGUAAUUCUACCGGCGGCGGCGGGCAGGGUAAAGGGCAGAGCCGGUGGAUCAAGCAUGUGGAUAGAGAGUCAGGGGAGCUUCAUGUUAUCAGAAAGUGAAGAAGUUGGGGACUUCUUUUUAUGAACUCGGUAAAAAGAAAAAGUUACUGCUUGGAGUAUGUACAGAAGUCGUGGUUAGCGAAGAUUACCGUAAUUUCUUUCGUUUUUUUACCGUUAGUUGAAUUUUGCUGACCAUAAUCAAGUUGGCUUUGUAAAUUACAGUUUUAAAUUUGGGGACUAACUAUGAAUGAGGAGUAGUCGGCGAAACAAAAGUUGGUGAUCAACUGAUCAUAAUCCAGUUGGCUUUGUACGAUGCAUUUUGCUGACCAUAAUCAAGUUAGCCUUUUACCAUUAGGUGCAUUUUGUUUUAUUCCCUUUUGUCUCAUGGAUCAAUUUGAAAGAGCUUCCAACUUUUGAGAGGCCUUUGCUAGAGGGAGUAAUUCUCUUUCUAUAUUGGGAUAUUGGAGGUGCGGAAAGGCACUCGAUUGAGAUUGAUUCUUCUUCUUCAUAGUGGAAGUGGACUGAGUCUUCGUCUCGAAUGGUCGAAUGUCUAGCCUCCCACCUUUUAUAGAGUUGCAUUGGGACACGUGAACAUAAUACUUACAUCUACUUGGUAAUUGAAUUGAAAAGAUACAUCUUGUAUUCUUAAAAUCGCUUGAUUGAAUGAAUUCACGACGGUGUUGAAGGGUUAAGAUUGCACUUUUCAACAUAAUGACUUUAAUGGACGAUUAUAAAAAGGAGUACUAGAAACUGAUUAAAAGUAUAUUUGAUGA